CAGGAACUGAUUCAGCAGCAGCGGCGCGUUUACGCUCUUGAGUCACUCCAGCGCUGCCGACUGUCGGGAUGUGACCCCGGAACAGGACGCCUCCUUAUACACAACACAGCUCUCAAAUACAACAAAAACGACAGAAUCCUGGACCAGGAGAGCAGUGCGUCAGGAGCAGGGGGGAUGAACCGAGAGGAAGCCCCUGGCAAGUCUCCUGAGGAGAUGUACAUCCAGCAGAAGGUGCGGGUGCUGCUCAUGCUCAAGAAAAUGGGAUCAAAUCUGACACCAAACGAGGAAGCGUUUCUGCGGAAUUAUGCAGGCGUGGUGCACAGUCAGAUGAGUCAGUUGCCACAGCACCCUAUUGACCAGGGAGCUGAGGAUGUGGUGAUGGCCUUCUCAAGAUCAGAGACAGAGGACAGGAGACAGUGACCUCUCGCCAUGCCGAGUCACUACAGCUGAACACAACACAACACUGUUGACGGAUGGAGAGGGCGGAGCCUGAGACGAGAGAGGGGCGGGGCUCUGCUGCAUGCCAGUUGCCCCACUUCCCUUCUCUUCCCCAUUCCCCUCUUCUUCCUCACACUAACUGUUACACUAUCAGGCCCUGCGGCCGCACUACCUGACGACUUACAGCAAACGAGUCAGAAAGAGUCCUGGCGGGUAAAUAUUUCGUUUUUGGGGUUUUAAGUUUAGUUUGUUCAUCAUCCUUCCGUAAGUGGCGUUUUAUAUUUGUUCCCACGAGAGACUUAAUGGACCAAGAGCUUCAUUUGUCUGGUCAAACUACGAAAGAAUAUAAAUCGCCUUAUGGGUUAUGUUAUUACAAACGAUUACUUUUUUGUUUUCCGUGUAUGUAGUUUCUUUUUAUUGUCCACAGGAUUGUGCAGGUAGACGUUUUUUUUUUU